AACCAUUGGGAGACUCUGCGUUUGUAUCAUUCUGCGAUUCUGGGGUUCUACGGUCCCGCCCCGCUCCGCCCCGCCCCUCUGACGUCACUCCACGUCCCCGCCCCCAGCUCCAGCCGCCCAUAAAGCGGGCGGCGGCGGCCGGCGGCUCCUCAUGGAGCGCUGCGCGCCGCCGGCACCUGUUGUGCUUCGGAGACUUCUUCCCCCAGUUCUCUCGGUGUCUCUGUCACCAGCCCCCGCCCCGGGACGGACGAUGCGGGCCGCGGUGCUGAUGGCGGUGCUGGCUGCGCUGGCAGCGAGCCGUGCGGCCGCCGGGUCGUCGCCCAACGCCACGGAGCCACAGCGGCACGAGGAGCGGGAGCCCGGGAGCCGCGAGGGCGAGCCCGUGCCGGGUCCUGACUACGAGGAGGAUGAGGAGGAGGACGAGGAGGCGCCGCCCGUCCACCAGUACAUCGUGGAUGACUUGAUCCGAGUUGAACCUGUGGUUAAACCCAAGCCAGCGAAGAGGGGGGGAGAGAAGAAUGCUGGCAAAUCAAGAAGGAAGAAAAACAGAGGGAGAAACAAGAAGAAAGGGACUCCCUGUGAAAUGGAAUACAAAAACUUUUGCAUCCAUGGGGAAUGCAUAUACCGAGAACAUCUCCAGAUGGUGACCUGCAAGUGUCAUCAGGAUUUUUUUGGUGAGCGCUGUGGUGAACAGUUCAUGAAGACUCAAAGGAAGAAUGAUGUGGCAGACUACUCAAAGACUGUGUUGGUAGUGGUAGCUGUCCUGCUCUCAAGCGUCAGCUUCAUUACUGUACUUAUCAUUGUGAUAGUGCAGGUCAGGAAAAAGUGUCCUCAGUAUGAAGAGAAAGAAGAAAGGAAAAAACUCCGACAAGAGAGCAGAAAUGGCCAUGUUGGUGUGUAAAUGGGGAGAAAGCAGGUAUGAAUGCUGUCUUCAAACACCUUUCAGGUGAACCUUCCAGGCUGUAUGGGAAUUGCAUGCUUGUUUUGCAAUGCUAGUGUUUGCUUUUAAUGCUUCAAGUGUCAUGAAACACAUAGGUUACAUGUGAGCAGCUGGCUUGGUUUUCUGGUUUCUCAAAACCACCUUGACUUGUACAAGUUGUUUAACAGCUCUGUUAAAUUUCUGGCUGUGUUCAAGGCCAAGUGAGCAUGGGAAGCUGUACUGAGCUCUGAGUGGGGCUGUGAAGAAAGAGUCCUGAAUUAUCUGGACAGAGGCAGAUGUAGUGCAGGAAACACUGGUAGACUUCAGUCAUGGAAGAUGGUGCCAUGGCAUCAUCACCUCUUGGAAGAGAAGUACUGAGCGUUUUCAUAUCUUUGCUGCAAGGAAAGUCUCAGGAAGUAGCUGGUGCUCAGAAACUGAAAUUUGCUCGGGAAAGCAACUGCUUAAAUCCCUUAAGUGGCCACAGCAAAGUUUGUUAAGCAUCUUAAAGCUGUGAGUUCUGUGAGCACCACAGAUGGCCACUCUGUCAAGUUGAGUACUGUCGCAGCAGCUGAGCCCCAAAGCCCCUCGGCAUCUGUGAGUUGCUUCUGGAAGCGAUCUAGUGGAUUUUACUGAGCAGGCAAGUUGGUCUCUUCUGAGGCCAAGUGCACGUAACAGCAGACUCAAGGAGCAUUACUGAAAAGGAGUUACACUACAAGCUGAGGAGGAAGCCACAAAAGAUAGUCCUGAAAUACCUGGCAGAGCUCUCAGGUUUUGCUUUACCGCAUGUCAGCUCUAGAUAUUUUCUGGCUUUGCUCAGUGACAAUUAGAGAGUUUUGCUGAAAGCUUACUUGAAGCUGAAGAGUAUCCUCAGUACCUGAGGAGUGUCCUCAGGUGUGUGCACAUCCUGAACCCACUUGCCUUGCUGGUCGGUUUGCCGUGGUGCUAGCACAGGGUGCUUGUGCCUGGGAUGGUGAUUAAUGUGCCUGGUCUGCCCGUUACAGAACAAUUCUGAAGUGGCCAUUGCCAAGCUGCGGGGUACCUCUGGCUACCUGACACAUCCACCUGGACACUGUGGGCUGGAGCUGUUGCCACUCAGCCCUGAUUCAUCAAGAGAGAGGCUGCUGCAAGGAGAUGUCAACAGGCCACUUGCUGCUGAAUCACUUGCUGAGGAGACCAGUUAUCACUGCAUCUCGGCACAACGAUGUGGAAGGAGCUGGCUCUGUGGGGGACAGGACCUGCUGUCACAACCUGCUAGAGACUGCUGCUGAGCCUUCUCUCUGUGUGCAGAGCUCCGGUCGUGGCUGUUGUGUGGAUGGACUUGGUUCUCUUAGCAAGUCUCCUUUGGCAGCUCUAACUCUAAGGGGGAGAACCUGUUGCGGCUUUGAGGAAUGGAUGGAAGGGAGAAAAUUCCCUUCCUUCCCUCUACCAAAGUGAAAAAGGGAGGAGGCUUCUCUCCCUUGACCUCAGUGGAUGAAAAACCUGGUUCUGUUGUCACCGUGCUCCCUGUCCAUACUGGCUUCUGAGAGCUUCACCUGUAGUUGUGACUUGCAGGGCGUUGGUGACAGAUCUUUGUCAGCCUCAGCUGGGUUCUGUUACUGUGUGUGUGGAAGUGAUCCCUCCGAGUUCUGUCGGACUCGUGGUGUGAGUGGAGCUAUCCAUUUGCGUGUGUGCUAGCCCAAGUUGAAAUUAGUCUCCUCAGGAUGCUGAGGCAGUAGAUGCAAGACCUGAGGCUUUGCAUCUAAAGGAAAAGAUCCAUGCUUAAACCAACUGAUAAGGCUGGACCCAUCUCUCCUAAAAACAAAGCUACUUCUGUUAAACAGAUACUUGUUGCUGCUUUAAGCAGUGCUUAAAUAUAAAAUGCUUCAUAUCAGAUCCCAUCCGUUGAACUUGACUAAGAACCUGUUCCUUUGGAGAAUUUAAUUCAGGCACUGAUGCUUUGCAAGCAGUGGUCUCUUGUGCUCUUCCUUCAGGUGUGAAGAACCCAUCUUACCUCAAUCUUUGCUGACCCAGGUGUCUCUGGUUUCUCUACUGUCCGUGCUGUCAUGAGCACAGAGUGUUAUCUGAGUUCAGUUUCUUCUUGGAAGAGUGAUUGUGUUCUGUGUAAACAGAGCAGAGUUCUUCUGGUAGCAGAGAAACACCAUUAAUUGUCAAGUUGUAUCUGUAAAUGUGUAAAUAUUUAUUGCUGUAUUUAAUAUUUAACGUUUCCAUAACAAACUUAUUUAUUUUAUAAUUAAACUUUUUACAUAACCUAA